CAGCCUCUAGACAGCAGCCGCCCACAUCGACUCGAAUUUAAGAAACUGGCUGCUGCGAGUCAACAGUAAGAAUAUAAGUGUUCCGAAAAAAUGCCGGAAACCCUACCCGCCACGGCUACAAUGAGUGCCUCCAGCAUUGAUUGUACUGUGGCGGUACUGAAGGUACCCACACCCACUAUGCAAAUGCCUCAGGUGUAUAAUCUGCAGAGCUUGGGCCUCAUUAUGGAGCCAAACAACAUAAAUAUCGAACUGAAUCCAGCGGCUGCUCCGGCAAGCUCAACGAUAACCACAUCAACUGGUUUCAAGAUGAUGACUAUGGAUAUUACCAAAACGGAACCCGGUCUGGUCGGGCUCUCCACAAAUCAGCAGCAGCAACAACAACAACAACAGAAUUCCACUAUGAAUGCCGGCAACAACAGCAACAACAAUGGACAGAAUAAUGUUGUUAGUAAUGGCAACAACAAUAAUAACAACAACAAUGUCCAAAGCAUUUCGGUUGCUGCUGUUAACAACAAUAAUAACAACAACACUAACAACAAUAACAAUAACAACAACAACAAUGGAAGCCAACUAUGCGCCGGCUGCGGCAAACACAUACAGGAUCGCUAUCUCCUUCGCGCCCUCGACAUGCUGUGGCACGAGGACUGCCUCAAAUGUGGCUGCUGUGAUUGCCGUUUGGGUGAAGUUGGCUCCACCCUCUAUACGAAGGGAAAUCUAAUGCUAUGCAAGCGUGACUAUUUGAGAUUAUUCGGCAAUACGGGAUAUUGUGCCGCUUGCAGCAAAGUGAUACCGGCCUUCGAGAUGGUUAUGCGGGCCAGAACCAAUGUCUAUCAUCUGGAAUGCUUUGCAUGCCAACAAUGCAAUCAUAGAUUCUGCGUUGGCGAUCGUUUCUACUUGUGUGAAAACAAAAUCCUCUGCGAAUAUGAUUACGAAGAGCGUCUGGUGUUCGCCUCCAUGGCUAAUCACCCAAUGCUGAAGCGCCAUGUGUCCUCGCUGGGCCAGGGCUCACCCACUGGCGGGGGCGGAGGAGCCGGUGGAGCGGCGCCCGGCGUUGGCGGCGGUCUUUUGGGCGGCGGCGUCAAUGGCAAUGGCAAUAUGAAUGGCCCCCGCACACCGGGCGAUCACAACAAUAACAACAAUGGGCCACAAACACCGACUGGCGGAGGCGGAGGAAGUGGUGGGUCACCAUUCGCUGCCGCGGCGGUGGCUGCUGCAACCGCUGCCCAUAUGAAGAAUCAACUGGGUGCGUCCAGCUAAAAUAAAGCCCUUAUCAUGAGCGGCAAUGCUAAUGGUGUUGGUAGUGGUAGCGGCGGCGGCGGCGGCGGCGUGGGUGGCGUUAAUGUUGCCGGGGGAGGGGUGGCUAAUCUUGGCCAGCAGUUCUAUGGGGCAACUGGCUUUGGCAUCCAUCACCAGCAACAUCAACAGCACCAACAACAGCACCCGCAUACGCAUCCGCAGCAGCACCACCAUCAGCAACAGCAGCAUCAGCAGCAGCUCAUGGGCUUGGGCUUGGGUAUGGGCGGUGGAGGAGGACCCGGAGGAGGCGUUGGCAGCAUGGGCAACAGCUGCAAGCGCUACCAAAGAAAAUUCUACAAUCGCAACUGAGUAACGAAAAAUAAUCGCCAAGUUCGUUCGUUAAUGAUCGAUCGAAAAAAAGAAAACAAAAAACACGCAAACCUUUGUUCACUUUGACUGAGUUAAAGUUUUGAUACUUUAUUCUUAUUUUUUUUAUUAUUAUUUUUUUCGUCGUAAUUUAGUUUAGUUUAAACUAAUUAAAUGUUUGCUGAAGUUGUGCUCGGGGAUUGUUCCAAAACCGAUAUCGUUAUUAUUAUUAUACAAAAAAAAACACACACAAAUUUCAAAAUCCUCUAAUCGUGAAAAUAUUGCAGAAAUAUCGACGAUAUUUCCUGUGGAUGUCUCUCAAGCAACAGCCAAUUGUAGCGAAUAUAUAUAUAGAUCGAUCAUCGACAUCGGCAUUUAACCAGUAUAUAUGUAUACCCUUAUCGAUAUGUCGAUAUCUGCGAUAUAUCAGCAAUCCGAUUCGGGGAACAUAUAUAAUGCCUAAGCGACAAUAUUUAACAAUGAUUUUUACUUUUACUACUCACUUUAAGACCUGUAAAUAUUUUUCCUGUUGACCAUACAUAAAUACAGCUAACUAUAA